CCCAGUCAACCCUUCCUGCAGUCAUCGGGGACGCUUCGGAGGACCUUGAGCACGUUUGUUGUUACAGGCUGAAUGAUACAGCUGCAGCACAUGUAGCUCUCAGAGAGACAGGAGUGAUGAGUAUGGCAAAGCGUUUAAUCUAUCCUAUUUACCAGCUGGGGAACCCUCAGCUGAGGAUAUUCCGGCCCACCUUCUCUAUGACGCUCGUCAGACCGGGCAAGGAACAGCCAGCCGACACUGUGCAGUUUCGCAUCCCUAUGGAGAUGACCAAAUUUGAUGUACGGAACUACCUGGAGAAGAUCUACAGCGUUCCUGUAGCAGCAGUGCGCACAAGGAUUCAGUAUUGUACAAACAAGAAAAGAAACCACCUAAACCAACGUGUGAAGAGACCAGAUUACAAAGUGGCAUACGUUCAACUGAGCCAGCAGCAGACCUUCCAGUUUCCAGAUAUCUUCCCCGAAAAGGAAAAAAAGCAUGAGGAAGGCUCUGUGGAGGAGAUGCAGGAGAAAUUCAUGGAAGAUGAGCGACAGAGGCAGAAACCAGACCCCAGGAGAGGGGGAGUCACUGAAUGGUUUGGUCUCUAAAAACAGCCCCUCCCAACCCACGUCAGAAAAAAUGAGAACUGCGCGUGGGAUGUUUAUGUUGUAUCGCCAGGUCAUUUGCAGGAAUAUACUCGGGACCUGGCCCAUUGAUGGAGGCACUUCUGCUUCCUGGACAUGUUCUGUGAGGCCUUACAGCAUGCCUGGAUUCACAUUGUGUCCAAAAAGCCUGCAGCAUUGUUUAUUUGUAACUGUUUAAUAAACUUUUUAUUUCCUAUAUUCACAUAUAGGUCAGUUUAACAUCAUGUCCAACACCUAGUUCAUGUUCUUCUGAAUGAAGUCUUGUGUAACAACCCUUGUCUGUGGAAAACAUUCAAGUAUGAUCUACAGCAACAACAGAAAGUCCUGAAAUUGGAUCCUGUUAAACUGGUGUUACUGUGUCAAAAGGCUCAAACAGGGCCAAUCAGCUUGCUUGAAUUUAUUUUUCAUUAAAAGAUCUGGAAAUGUU